AGGCACUGCCUCCAGUGACCGCACGUCACUGCUGCCCACUUCCGUUCUACCUACUUUUGAGAAACCAGUAUCUAACCAGUAUCAAAAGGUGGAUGGACCACCUACACAGACCUAGACGGACCCAGAACGCCUCACUGUGACUCCAGAGAAACGACUUUGGGCAAAAGAACGUUUCACCACCUUCCAUCUUCCACCCUUCCAUGUUACACCAUUCCAUGUUCUACAUUCCACGUUGCAUGUUCUGUUCUCCACAACAUAAGAACACACCCUGGCAGUCAGUUAGUUGCCAGCCUUGAAACUGCACCCACAGAAGUUUUUAACAUGUGGGCACGUAUAUCUGCGUUUUUCAGGCACCGCAAAGCCGACGAAGCUCAAGGUAAGUGAGGAAUCCAGACAGACGUCUGCGUUAACUGGUGUUGAUGGUUCAUUGGACUUGUCAGGUGGAGAAGGCUGGGUACCUCGAGUAAACCUUUGAGUAAACCUCUGAUUCCUACAGUUGGGACUGUUUUCAUACUGUUUGUUUUGAGUCUGAGGCGUGAAAGGAUAAAAGAAGACUGUUUUAAUGCAGUUGGUGACUUUAGUUCACUACAAAAUGAAUGUUGCUUUCUGUUUUUUCUCAUCUAGAUGACAAUACAUCGGACGAAGAAAGCGAUUACUCUGAUGAUGAUUCAGCGUCCACCUCAGCAGAACCUGGAAGCUGCAACACCUCUGUGGAGGUCGUUGGCAUGAGAGAUGACAAGAGGAAGGUCAUCGCUGCUGAGGGCGGACCGUUGAGGCUGGUCACAGAGGACAACGAGGACAGCGAGGAGGAGACCGAAAAAAAUGAGUCUGAGGAGGCAGACGAGCCUGAGGAGGCAGAUGAGCCUGGGGAGGCAGACGAGCCUGAGGAGGAAGACGAGCCUGAAGAGGCAGACGAGUCUGAAGAGGCAGACGAGUCUGAGGCCGACGAGUCUGAGGCAGACGAGUCUGAGGCAGAUGAGCCUGAGGAGGCAGACGAGUCUGAGGCAGACGAUGAAGAACUGGAUGACAUCAAGGCAGGAGGAUGGCUAUCGUAUUUCCACCUCCGCAAAGCCGACAACGUACCUGCAAGAGUUAAAAAAGCUCCAUUGUACUCAUCGGACGAGAGUUCAACAUACGAAGAGGAGAUUCAAGAGGCAGCCGAAAACCCUGAGGGUCACUUAGCGUCCACCAAUGUCGAGUCUGGGGCCAACAAUGAAGAACGGAAUGACAUCAAGGCAGGAGGAUGGCUAUCGUAUUUCCGCCCCCGCAAAGCCGACAACGAACCUGCAAGAGUUAUAGAAGCUCCAUUGUACUCAUCGGACGAGAGUUCAUCAUACGAAGAAAGCGAUAACUCUGAUGAUGAUUCAGCGUCCACCACAGAAGAGACUGAUGACAAUACAUCCGACGAAGAAAGCGAUUACUCUGAUGAUGAUUCAGCGUCCACCUCAGCAGACACUGGAAGCUCCAGCGACUCUGUGGUGGUCGUUGGCAUGAGAGCUGUCAAGAGGAAGGCCACCGCUGCUGAGGACGGACUGAUGAGGAAGAAGAGGCUGGUCAUCAUCCCUCGAGACAGCGUGGAGACAACCAAACAAAGAAGGUGCAUCGGCAUGAGAGCUGUCAAGAGAAAGAUCACCGCUGCUGAGGACGAACCGAUGGGCAAGAAGAGGCGGGUCAUUGAGUUCAGUGAGGAGGAGAACAAACAAAACUUCAAGGACUUCCUCCAGAUUUGCCUGAGAUUCAACCCUUUCACAGGCCCAACGCUGGAGCAGCUCAAGAAUCACCCAUGGCUUAGAUGAUCGGAAAAGACUGCAAACCUAUAGCUAAAAUUACUUAGGGAUGCACUAAAAUACUAACAUUUAGAUAUACACAAAUAUACAUAUCCACUAACAUUUAUAUACACACAAAUAUACAUAUAUAUAU